AUGUCUAAAUCUGGUUCUAAACAUCAAGAGCCUGCUGAUCCUGAAGCAGCUUGCCGCGGCAUUGCAUACAAAGGCCUUUCGCCAGAACAACAAGAAAUGAGCGAUAUUCUAUAUAACAUGGAGCGCCAUGACCUAGGCCUGUUAGGCAUUGCAGACCUGGGCCGUGACGGGGUUUUCCGCUUUCUUGAUGCUGAUCGCAAUAUUCACUAUGCAAUUGCUUUAAGGCCAGCAUUGAUCAAAGCUCUAUUAGACCGCUCGCCUUAUGAUCACGAGGAAGAGAAAUUCUGGCGCGGAAUUGAUGGAACAAAAGUUCCUAAAGAGCAAUGGUAUAAUCCAUCCCUGGGUAUCCUUCCCCCACCACUAUCUGAGGAACAUCGGCAAGAGGGCCGACAGAUUAAUGAGAUAAAUAAAGAGAAGUUUGACAAGAUUCGUGCGGAUUCGAAGAAUUACAAGGAACGCCUUGUCUUUAUAGAGUCAGAUAAUAAGCUUGAAUAG